AUGGCAGCAGACGAGAUAUCAAGUUCCGCCUGGUUAGCAUGGUCUCAAGUACUUGCCUCAUUUCUGAUACAGCUCUGUACACUGGGUUUGAGCAACAGCUUUGGUGUUUUCCAAUCAUAUUUCGAACAUAAUAUUCUCGACUCGUUUUCGCCGUCCAAUAUUGCCUGGAUCGGGACUACUCAAGGGUUUUUAUCGAGUAUAUUCGGCAUCGUCAGUGGGCCCCUAUACGAUAAAGGCUAUAUCAGAUCCUUAAUGUACUUGGGUGGGGCUCUGAAUGUUGCUGGCUUGCUGUGUACCAGCUUCGCCGGACAGUACCAUUGGAUUAUUCUCUCCUAUGGUAUUGCGACAGGUCUAGGGUCCGGUGCUCUGUAUGUUCCGUCCCAGGCAGCGGUACAAACCUAUUUCUCACCGGAAAAAGCCUCUUUACCGACAGGAAUUUCUAUGACGGGGUCGAGUGUCGGUGGCAUAAUAUACCCUAUUUUAUUUCGGCAACUAGAAAACAGCAUCGGCUUUUCAUGGACAUGCCGCACGUUUGCUCUUAUAAACGGCGUCUUUCUACUGACGUCGUGUUUGCUCAUAAAGCCUCGGCAGUCCCAACAAUUAGAAAGAAACAUAAGUUCACGAUCCGUCAAUUCGGAUGUCUUUUACGACUGGAAGCUCAUAAUACUGGGUGUUUGUGCCCUGAUCCUGAAUAUAGGGGUCGAUGUGCCCUUCUAUUUUGUCCCCACCUUUGUUCAAAUGAAGCUAGGACUCUUUGCAGAAGUAGGGGAUUCUUUACUUGCUGGCAUAAACGCUUCGUCUUUACUCGGCCGCAUUUUUUUCAACUGGAUUUCCGGAUAUUCAACAGCUCUUAUUACGUGGCAGUUCUCUAUUUUUGGGGCAUGCGUGUUACUAUUCUGCUGGUGGAUAGUUAGAACAUUGGCUGGCAUAAUUGUCUUCGUAAUUCUCUAUGGAUUUCUCGUAGGUGGUUUGAUUUCUCUGAUACCGUCAACAGUCCGGGAACUCAAUCCGCACUCGGAGAUAAUCGGAGCUAGGAUAGGCCUGGUUGAAGGUUUUCAAGGAGUUGGCUUCUUGAUUGGACCUCCCAUUGCUGGAGCAAUCAUGGUAACCUCAGCAGGUUACUUCGGAGUUAGUAUGUUCUGCGGAGCGCUUUAUUUUUUCCUCUUCACGUUGGUUGGUAUUUUAACUUACAGACGGUCUAAAUCUUCGGAAGAGUACGAUAAUGAGAAUUUAGAGCUUUCUAAUACUCGAGAAGCUCCAUCUGCAUGA